AGUUGUCUAUACGAUCGCGUUUGAGCUAGACGCAUUUUAACCCGAGUGCAACCUAUCGAUUAUUGAAGCGGAUGUUUCCACACGUGCGUGAAAUCGUUACGAGACAAAUUGUGAUUGAUUCAAACACUUAUUGAACGGAAGUUGUAGUACGCUGAAUCGGUUGAGAAACUUGAGAACAAGUUUAUAGUAAUUGGCAUCGCGACCAAUUGCUGUUGAAGAAUAUACAGUUUGUUAGUUAUUGAAUCAAAGGUGCUAAUAUUGGUUGAAUUGAUAUUUUAUUAUUGUUAAUUUAUACACACGUGUGUUGAGAGUGUGUCAAAUCGUGCAUCUGUUAUUCACUAGUGCUGGCUAAUAAAGCGUCAUUUGGUGUAUUGGAGUAGAAGAUCUGCAACGUGAAUAGAACUUCGCAAAUAGAAGCGGUGUUAAAACUAGACGCAGACUUUGGAUGUACGUUCAAAAAGAUCUUAACAGUAAUAAUCGAGUUUUUACUAAUUGCAACAAAAUGAGAACGCUCGUCAGUCCCGACGGAUCCUAUGUAAACGAAGGCAUGAACUGUUCUUCGUUGGAUAUAACAAUGCCGAACGGAGAGCCCCAUGGUGGUCUUACUGGAUCGAAUGAGUUUAUUCUAUCAGCAAGUGGUCAGAAAAUUUCCCCUAACAGCCGUAUCCAAGAAGCCAACCAAUGGUGCCAACGCAAAGCCAGGAGUGCUUGCUCUAGGAAAAUGUUACUCAAACGCCUGCCUAUUUUACGAUGGCUACCAGUCUACAACAGCACAGAUGCUGUGGGAGAUUUAGUCGCGGGAAUAACAGUCGGUCUCACAGUAAUUCCUCAAGCGCUCGCCUAUUCCGGUAUCGCUGGGCUUCCCGCUGCGUACGGUCUAUAUGGUUCCUUCGUUGGUUGUAUCGUGUACAUUUUCCUCGGCAGCUGCAAAGAUGUUCCAAUGGGACCAUCUGCCAUAUCAGCGCUUCUCACGUACCAAACAGCUCGUGGAAAUGUCCACAAAGCAGUCCUACUCUCGUUGCUAACGGGCAUAAUUGAGCUUGUGAUGGGUCUCUUCGGAUUAGGUUUUCUGGUGGAUUUUGUAUCUGGACCAGUCUCUUCUGGUUUCACGUCAGCAGUAUCGUUGAUCAUCGUCACUUCACAGAUCAAGGACGUGCUCGGAAUUACAGCGAAAGGAACCACUUUUCUGGAGAUUUGGCAGUCAAUCUUCAACGAUAUCCAUAAUGUGCGAGCCUGGGACACGGUACUAGGAAUCACAUGCAUUGCAGUGUUGCUGAUUAUGAGAAUUGUAGCGGGACUCAAGGUGGGGCCUCAUGAGGAUGAACUGAAAUCAAGGAAACAUCGGAUUAUCAAUAAAUUUAUGUGGUUGAUCGGAACCUCACGAAAUGCCAUUCUAGUCAUAGUUUGCGGUGCCAUAGGAUAUGUCUUCCAAUCAUCGGCUUCGGCGCCAUUCAAACUGAUUGGCGACAUUCCUCCCGGCUUGCCAUCCUUUGAAGUUCCUUCAUUUACUCUAAACGCCAACCAAACGUCUACUGGACGAGAUGAGAGUUUUGCAGAAAUUGUGUCCAGCUUAGGUUCCGGAUUGAUUGUUAUUCCCUUGAUUGCCCUAAUGGAAAAUAUUGCCAUUUGCAAAGCAUUCUCGAAUGGAAAACCUGUUGAUGCUACUCAGGAGCUGAUCGCAAUUGGGGUUGCCAACGUGGCCAAUUCGUUCGCACAAGGUUUCCCAGGGACUGGGGCUCUCAGUCGGGGAGCUGUAUUCAAUGCAUCGGGAGUUCGCACACCUCUGGCGAACAUCUACACGGGAGCAUUGGUCAUACUGUCGCUGAUGUUUUUCACACCAUAUUUCUCGUACAUUCCGAAAGCUACACUCGCGGCUAUCAUCAUUGCUGCGGUCGUCUUCAUGGUGGAAGUCAAAGUCGUCAAACCAAUGUGGCGAACCAAGAAGAGCGAUUUAAUCCCUGGCCUUGGAACCUUCAUCGCUUGCUUGGCUCUGCCAUUAGAAGUCGGUAUCCUAUUGGGAGUCGGUUUGAAUGUCAUUUUCAUUCUAUAUCAUGCAGCCAGACCUAAGAUCAAUGUUGAGCGGUUGACCAGUCCUGCUGGUGCGGAAUACUUGAUAAUUACCCCGGAUCGUUGCCUUAUUUUCCCUUCGGUAGAUUACGUGAGGAAUCUAGUGACGAAGCAGUCCAUACGCCAAUCGCUUCCUGUUGUGAUAGACUGUUCCCACGUGUAUGGAGCUGACUAUACCGCCGCAACGGUCAUUGAAAGUAUCACUCAAGACUUCGCCAGACGUGAUCAACCAUUGUUCUUCUACAAUUUGAAGCCCAGUGUAUGCGCAGUAUUCGAAGGACUAUCACCUGUGGACUUUGUAGUUUACUAUCGGGAAGAAGAUCUGGAUGAGCUAAUGAAAGAGAAAGCUUACAAACCAAAGCAGGUUUUAAGUGCUUAGGUCCAUAUAAUUUGCGCUAAGUCAGGUAAAAUAAUCAGUAUUAUAAAUAGUACGAUUACACUGCGCAAAUGUCAGUGGUUUUUAUCACUUUUAGACUAUCUGCAUUCAACACAAAAAUAUGUUUACGUAGAAAGUUUGUAAAUGAAUGUCGAUGCAAAUUAUUGUCGGUCAGAGCAAGAAUUUACAAUAUAUUUUAUGUGAAACGGUUAAUGAACUGUUAAGGUAUAGUAAUUCAAACAUAAUACUAUGUUUAUUUUUUAGUAUUAAACGUUUAAUUGAACUAUUGAUUAUUUUCUACCCAUGAUAUACUUGCCUUACAUCGAGACUUAUAUUUUAUUAUCUAAUGAAAAAAUAUAUAGUUAAUAGUCGUAGUAUUAUGUUUGUCCUUACUAAAACAAAACUAUAAACAUAUUUCUUAAACUUUGAGAAAAAUAGUCUCAUAAUUUUGAGUUUUGAAAUAUUAUAAAACAAGUGAACAGAAUAGACUUUUCUCAUUUUAAAAAUGAAUGUUAACAAAGUUACUACGCUAAAUAGAAAUUUGCUUUUUUGUAUAACUAUGUUCAUGGCGUGCCUUAUUAUUUCUUGUGCAGACCAGGGAUUUUUAAAAUUUGGUUACUUUAUUUUGGCGAUCAUUUGAAUAACAUGUUACCGCAAACUGAACAUAGUAUUUCGUCAACAUCAUUACGUAUUGCAUUGUACAAGAAUAAGAUUUGUAUCACAAUUAUGAUAAACUUUGACGACGAACGGUCUAACUGUGAAUAUAAUAUGUUUUGCUAAAUCAAAAGUAUUCAGUUAUUAUUUGCACGAUACUGUUUGAUCCAAAUUUUCCUAAUUAGAUCAAUAACUUUGUAAUGCGGACUUCUAGUUCUGAAUAGAAAACAUAAUGCACAAUGCAUAUUUAUGCAUAAUUUCAAAUAUAUCUGCACUUCUAUGAUCACAAAUUAACCGUAUAAUCACUGCUGUUUUUAUCAAAUUCCUCAUCAUUUAAAUUUAUUAGUUUUAGUUUUGCUAGGUUUUGCUGUUGAUGGCAGGUUAAUGCAAAAGUGAGAAAAGUAUACACAACAAUGACGAACACACUACGCCAUUUAUGAUGCGGAUCAAUUGUUGUUUUUUCUCUAGCCAAUUCUACUUAACAAUCUCGAUUUUUUGGUCGCUGUUGGAUAUGAUGAUUAGCUUAUGGCAUUAUCGGUGAUGAAUAACUAUUGUGAAAGUUUGGAAGAGGUCGGUUUCCCGCGCAUGGGAGGGUAUGGAAAAAAUGAAGUGUGUAUGCAUAGUAUUUAUCGUAUUUACCAUCAUAAGAAGAACAGCUUUCAAUUUGGUAUUGAACUGUUCUUCCAUGCCAGCAAUGUACUGCUCUUCUGCGCAUAGUUGUCCCAUGUUGGAAUCGAUGAAAACAUCCAAAAUCAGUCAAAUUGUUCCACUGAAAAAUGACAUUGUCAUCAAACGAUAACAUAGGCUGGAAAACGCUCCAUAAAGUGUUAUCCAUCUAAUGUUCCUGAAAAGUGUUUCCUAAGCUCAUUAGUUUCUAAAAAUAUAGCUAAACUUUUCAGAUCUAUUCGAUUCUAAAAUUAGUGGGACAAAUUGACUCGAGUUUGAAAUUUUUGAUUAAAGGUAACAUGGGACAAUUAUACGUUCAACGGCAGUGUAUACAUUUUAUUUAACUAACAUACGUGGGAAAAAUGUUCGAUCGAUUCGGCUAGUUCGCCCGAAUAGUGAUCAGCAUAAUAAUCCAGCUUUAUUUUGUCAGUUUCAGUAUCAACUAAACUGCCGUGAAUCGCAUAUCUGUCCCAUCUUUGCUGGAUUUCCUAUUCAUAUGGGACAAAUAUGCGAUUCACGGCAGUAUAAUACAUUUCGAGUAGUUAAACGAAUGUUCAAUCAAGAAAACUUGUGUGUAAGCCUAAAGCUUAUUUUUUGUACUCGGGAGGCGGUUAUUCGCAUUCCUGAGCAUGUGAUACAUGCUAAAUUUUACAAAUGUUCUAGUUCUACGCAUAAUUGUACCAUGUUACCAUUGAUGAAAAAACUUAAGCUCGAGUCAAUUUGUCCCACUGAAAAAUGGAGUAGUUGUUUGAUGAUAAUUGAGACUGAAACCCAUUUAAAUAAGUAGUGAUUCGUUUUAUGUCCUGGAAAAGUAUUGUCUACGCUCAUAACAUCCCAAAAAUAUUUGUUAAAUUUCAAAAUCCAAUCAAUUCUGAAAUAAGUGGGACAAAUUGACUCGAGUUUGGAUUUUUCCAGCAAAGGUAACAUGAGACAAUUAUGCGUAGAACGGCCGGUAAUUGUUCAUUACCGAUCAUGUUAGAACAAAAAUCGCGUUCAGAUACAUAUUAGCAGGACAUUACAAUAUUGCAAGUAUUGUUAGUAUGAUAGAUACAUAAUUUAGGCAGACGACAACUACUACCCUUCUAUGUUUACUACGUAUGAUAUCUUUGAAACAAUUUUAAUAGUAGCAUCUAGAUCGAAAAGCGAUGCAACGAUUAUGUCAUAAUAGUUUACCCUACUAAAAAAAAUCUUUUCGUGGAGCACAUAUUGAUCAAUUCUCAUUUAAUAAUUCUACUUAAACAAAAUAAAUAGGAAGGAGAGAUGGGAGUAAAAUUCUACCCAAAAAUAAGCUUCAUCCCAUAAUGUAUUCUUCAAGGAUUUGGCUCAAGCAAUGAAAAAAUACAUAGUUUCAAAAAUACAUUCACAUUAAAAUAUUGAAAGAAUGUUACACAUCAUAUACAUGAUACCAAUAACUGUGAUAAGGCCAUAAUUUAUUAAAAAUGACAAUAAACUCAAAUAU